AUGUUCGACACGGUCUGCACCCUUCCUCUCAGCCACGACCUGUUCGCCCAGGCCAUCCAUCCAACUCAGUCGGUGGUCUCUGUUGGGCUGUCCUCGGGCCAUGUGCAGACCUUCCGUCUACCGUCUACGGAACAAUCCAAUGGCGAUGACAGUGACGAUGAAGGCGCACCCAGCGCAACGUCGUCCAAUGGCACCGGCCAUAUAGACACGAUGUGGCGGACAAGACGGCACAAGGGAAGCUGUCGAACUCUAGCAUAUGGAAUUGACGGCGAGACAUUAUAUUCUGCGGGCACGGACGGGAUUGUCAAAGCUGCGAAGACGGAGACGGGAGUCGUGGAGAAUAAGAUCAUUAUCCCCCCUGUGAACGAUAGAACUGGAUCGCAAGUGGAUGCACCUACGGUUAUCCAUGCGCUUUCUCCACAAACCCUUAUCCUUGCUACAGAUUCCAGCGCUCUUCACCUCUAUGAUCUCCGAAUUCCCUACUCGGCCGUCUCUGCAAAGCCGGAGCAGACACAUCACCCUCACGAUGACUACGUCUCCUCUCUCACUCCACUGCCUCCGUCAGAAACUAGUACUUCUGGGUUUAGCAAACAAUGGGUGACUACGGGUGGUACGACUCUUGCCGUCACGGAUCUCCGCCGUGGUGUCAUGGUUCGCAGUGAGGACCAAGAGGAAGAAUUGAUCAGCUCCGUUUACAUCGGUGGUCUCGCUUCCACCGGUUCCAGCCGUGGAGAGAAGGUCAUUGUGGGCGGUGCCAGUGGUGUAUUGACGCUCUGGGAGAAGGGCGCGUGGGACGAUCAAGAUGAGAGAAUCAUCGUUGACCGCGGCACUGCAGGUGGAGAGUCCCUCGAGACUCUCACUCUGGUUCCAGAAGAGCUGGGCAAGGGAAAGAUGAUCGCUGUCGGCCUGGGUGACGGACGUGUGGAGUUCGUCACUAUCGGUGCGAACAAGGUCGUCUCGAAGGUGAUGCACGACGAAGUUGAGGGCGUUGUCGGUCUGGGCUUCGAUGUUGAGGGCCGCAUGGUCAGUGGCGGUGGCCAGGUCGUCAAGGUCUGGCACGAAGCGGAGAUCAGUGAGGAAAGCGCCAUGGCGAAGCAGAUGAUGGACAGUGACAGCGAUGAGGACAGCGACGGUGCCAAGGCUAGGAUGUUCAUGGAAGACAGUGACGAGGAACAGGAGGGCGGGAGAAGACGCAAGAAGCGGAAGAGGGGCAAGGGAAAAGACCGUUCUGGAGGUCACCAUGUUAUGGCCUUCAAGGACCUUGACUAG